CUUUUUUCAUUCUCUCUCUCUCAAUCAUUUCAUAAGGCUGUUCAUCAUCAUCCUCUUCUUCUUUGGUUGUCUGUAAUUUCUCUUGCUUGGUUGCGAAGAGAUGGCUGAUCGGGUGAUUGGGGUGGCGUUGGACUUCUCGCCAUGCAGUAAGGCGGCUCUACGGUGGGCUAUCGAUCAUGUCGUUCGCACCGGCGACCACCUCAUCCUCGUCAACGUUCAGAAGGACGUUAACUACGAUGUGGGCGAGGUUCAGCUCUGGGAGGCCACAGGCUCCCCUCUAAUUCCUCUUUCAGAUCUCUCAGAACCUGGCAUUAUAAAGAAGUACGGAGUGAAACCUGAUGCUGAAACCUUAGACAUAAUCACUACUGCAGCCAGACAGAAGGAGAUUGUCAUUGUCAUGAAGAUCUACUGGGGAGACCCACGUGAGAAGAUAAUUGAGGCCGUUGAUAAAAUUCCUUUGAGCUCUCUAGUUAUUGGUAGCAGAGGGCUUGGCAAAAUCAAGAGGGUUUUGUUGGGCAGUGUUAGCAACUAUGUUGUGAACAGUUCUUCAUGCCCUGUGACUGUUGUUAAGAGCUCUGAACAUGAAGCCUAGAGUAGAGUCUCUCGUCUGGUCUACCAUUCUUGAGAUAUUAUUACCUUGUUGUAUUUGCUAGAGAGAAAAUGCAACCCAUGUUUUAUUAAAAUCUUGUGAUCUGGCUUCUUAUUAUUAUUAUUCCUGAAUAAAAUGUGCAGUCUCUGCACUGCUGUGGACUUGUUUCUUAUGGCUGUAAAUUGGUAUGUGUGUGUGUGUGAGUUUAUGUUGUAGCUUGUAAUGUAGAAACAGUACUUCAGAUUGCUGAAUAAAUUUCUAAAUUUAUUUUUGAA